GUCAGCUGACUGCUCCGGCUGGCACGUGACUUGCUCCGUAGGCGCUGGGGUCGGAGAGCCGUGAGGCCGCCGCUUAGGGCCGGGAGGGAUGGAGCGCUGAGCCGUUAACGUCCGCAAGGCUGUCCGCCUCCGUAGCUGUUAGUGAAGCCACUUCGCUGUUUGACAGCUUCCUGGGUGGGGGUAAUAAUAACAUCUGUGAAGAAAAAACACAAUUGCAUGGCAUAUUGAAGUGCUUAUCACAUAGUGCCUGUUCAAGUCACUCUUGAUUUUGGAAGAAAUACUUGGUAACAAAUAUGACUGAGUUCUGGCUUAUAUCUGCUCCUGGGGAGAAAACAUGUCAGCAAACUUGGGAGAAAUUGCAUGCGGCAACUUCGAAGAACAAUAAUCUUGCUGUUGCUUCAAAGUUUAACAUUCCUGACUUAAAGGUUGGCACACUGGAUGUCUUGGUUGGCUUGUCUGACGAACUGGCUAAACUGGAUGCAUUUGUAGAAGGGGUGGUUAAGAAGGUGGCUCAAUAUAUGGCUGAUGUAUUGGAGGAUAGUAAAGAUAAAGUUCAGGAGAAUCUGUUGGCCAAUGGAGUUGACUUGGUUACUUAUAUAACAAGGUUUCAGUGGGACAUGGCUAAAUAUCCAAUCAAGCAGUCCCUGAAAAAUAUAUCUGAAAUAAUUGCCAAGGGAGUGACUCAGAUUGACAAUGACCUGAAAUCUAGAGCAUCCGCAUAUAAUAACUUGAAAGGAAAUCUUCAGAAUUUGGAACGGAAGAAUGCAGGAAGUUUGCUAACUAGAAGUUUAGCGGAAAUUGUGAAGAAGGAUGAUUUUGUUCUUGAUUCAGAGUAUCUCGUCACAUUACUGGUCGUAGUUCCCAAGUUAAACCACAAUGACUGGAUUAAGCAGUAUGAAACACUAGCUGAAAUGGUAGUUCCAAGGUCUAGCAAUGUUCUCUCAGAGGACCAAGACAGUUACCUUUGUAAUGUCACCUUGUUUAGGAAGGCGGUUGAUGACUUCAGACACAAAGCCAGGGAAAACAAAUUCAUCGUUCGUGACUUCCAGUAUAAUGAAGAGGAGAUGAAAGCAGAUAAAGAAGAAAUGAACAGGCUUUCUACUGACAAGAAAAAGCAGUUUGGACCACUUGUACGGUGGCUGAAAGUAAAUUUCAGUGAGGCAUUUAUUGCAUGGAUUCAUGUGAAAGCGUUGAGGGUUUUUGUUGAGUCUGUUUUAAGGUAUGGUUUGCCAGUGAACUUCCAAGCAAUGCUACUUCAGCCCAAUAAGAAAACAAUGAAGAAACUAAGAGAAGUAUUAUAUGAAUUGUAUAAACACCUAGACAGCAGUGCGGCAGCUAUUAUUGAUGCUCCUAUGGAUAUUCCGGGCUUAAACCUGAGUCAACAGGAAUACUACCCCUAUGUGUACUACAAGAUUGAUUGCAACUUGCUGGAAUUCAAGUGUUUUUUGAGUCUUGGUAUCUGUACAAUGGACAUAAUCUGUGAUGGAGGAUGUGUUUUGACAACUUAAGUAAAGGAUUGAAUACAUCAUCUUGAGUAAUUAUAAACACUAAAGCAAAAAAGAAACACACAUUGCAGAUUUACUCUUGUCACUUCUUCAAUAAGUUCAACUUUGAAAAGCAGAACCAGAAGUUGUAAAUGAAGUAGGAACUUCUUCUGCUCCUUCUAAGUGCUCAUUAGCACCAUCAAAGAGUCUCUCCAAGUGGGGUUUGAGAAGCUGCUUCGGGGUUCUACAGUGCAUCAUCAUUCCUUCAGCAACUAAAUAACCUGUCCAGCAUUUCUUUCAGCCUAGAUUCCUGAUUACAAAAUAUCAAAGACAUUUGGAAUCAUGAGUAUUUCAGAUGUGUCAAUAGAGGAUUGAGAAGUCAUAUCACAUGCAAGGAAGAAUUUGGAAGGUGAUUUUCUGAAGUCCCGUCUAGGAUAGGCAUACAGUUUGUUUUCAUUGUGCAAAAAUAUAGUUAUAUUGAGUCUCA